AUGUUACAUACAAUAACCGUGGUACUUAAUAAUAGAUUCUCCCCUUAUGGACUAGUGAAUGGAGAUUUGAUCGGUGAUAUCUGUAAGAAAGCAUCAACAAGUGAUCCCCAACUCAAGUAUGAUUUUUAUGUUGCAUCUCUUUCAGAAAAUCCUGCAAGUAAAGAUGCUGAUAUUUUGAGACUUGGAGAAAUAUCAUUGCAGACAUGUCAACAAAAUGCAACAUCCAUGGAUUGUUUACUUGUCAAACUCGUCUUCACAGAAGGAAAAGGAAAACAAGAUCCGAAGCCAUAUUACCCUUUAAAAAGUUGUUUGGGGAUGUAUGGGGGUGCUAUUGGUUUUACUAAUAGUGCUGUCUACCAUUUUAAGAUUAAAGAUUAUAACACAACUGAUACAAUGUUAAGUGCUGCAUUAGUUGCUCCAACUGAAUGUGAAAAUAGGUAUAAAGACUCUGGUUUGGCUUGUCCAUUUACUAAAGAAAAUGGUGUUUUCUUUCAGCUAAUUAGAAUCUCUCUUGCCAUAAUUCAUAUGGUUAAAUAA